GCUGUGUGUGUGUUGACAGUGACUGUAGCUACACCCACACCUUGGUAGGGCUGUGUGUGUUGAAAGGACUGUAGCUACACCCACACCUUGGUAGGGCUGUGUGUUGUUGACAGGGAGUGUAGCUACACCCACACCUUGGUAGGGCUGUGUGUGUUGGGAGCGGCUGUUGGGAGCGACUGUUGGGAGCGACUGUUCAGAGCGUCUGUUUGACAGUGACUGUUCUGAGCGACUGUUCUGAGCGACUGUUCGGGGCGACUGUUCGGGGCGACUGUUCGGAGCGACUGUUCUGAGCGACUGUUCGGGGCGACUGUUGGGAGCGACUGUUCAGAGCGUCUGUUUGACAGUGACUGUUCUGAGCGACUGUUCUGAGCGACUGUUCUGAGCGACUGUUGGGAGCGACUGUUCUGAGCGACUGUUGGGAGCGACUGUUGGGAGCGACUGUUGGGAGCGACUGUUCUGAGCGACUGUUGGGAGCGACUGUUCUGAGCGACUGUUGGGAGCGACUGUUCGGGGCGACUGUUCUGAGCGACUGUUGGGAGCGACUGUUGGGAGCGACUGUUCCGAGCGACUGUUGGGAGCGACUGUUGGGAGCGACUGUUCAGAGCGUCUGUUUGACAGUGACUGUUCUGAGCGACUGUUCUGAGCGACUGUUCGGGGCGACUGUUGGGAGCGACUGUUGGGAGCGACUGUUCGGAGCGACUGUUGGGAGCGACUGUUCGGGGCGACUGUUCAGAGCGUCUGUUUGACAGUGACUGUUCUGAGCGACUGUUGGGAGCGGCUGUUGGGAGCGACUGUUGCGAGCGACUGUUGGGAGCGACUGUUGCGAGCGACUGUUGGGAGCGGGUUGUUGGAGGAGGGUGUUUACAGUCGCCAUGUGGAAGCGAUGGGUGGGAGUUGUGGCGGCACUGGCGGCGUCCAUCUAUCUGAUGUGGGACGACGAACCAACGUGCGACAAAGGCUGUCUGCGUGGUGCCCGCGUGCUCAUCACGGGCGCCAGCUCUGGCAUUGGGUCCGCGGUGGCCCUGGAGUUUGCCCGCCGCGGUGCUCGGGUGGCAAUCACCGCACGGCGGCACGGUCGGCUCAUGCAGCUGAGCGAGGACCUCCAUGCCGCGGGUGCUCCAGACGUGACUGUGCUGCCUGGCUCCAUGGAGGAGCUCCACUUCGCUAGGGCGGUGGUGAGAGACGCGGUGAGGGCCAUGGGCGGUCUCGACUACCUCAUCCUGAACCACGUGGGCCUGACCCCGAUCAGCUGGUGGGCGGGCGACGUGGAGGCCACGGAUCAGCUGGUGAGGGCCACGCGCCUCAACUUCCUCAGCUUCGCCUGGGCCGCAUCGGAGGCCCUGGGCCCGCUGGAGACGAGCGGGGGAAACAUACUAGCAGUGUCAUCCUUGUGCGGCAAGGUCCCCACCCCUCUGGUCUCCCCCUACGCCGCCUCCAAGUUCGCCCUGGAGGGCUUCUUCGGCUCCCUGCGCCAGGAGCUGAAACUCCGUCACUCCAACGUCUCCAUCACCAUCGCCACGCUCGGAUACAUCAACACUGACACGGCCGUGUCGCAGGUGCAGGGCCGCAUGCUGGGGGUCGAGCCGGCCCCCGUGGGGCCCUGCGCAGAGGCCCUGGUGGACGCCGCGUGCGCCCGGGUCGACUCGCUCGUCCACCCGGGAGUCGCCCGCGUCGCCCUCCUGCUCCAGCGCUGGGCGCCCGGCCUGCUGCUCCACCAGCUGCAGGCCGUCUACAACAUCACAGCCCUCGGACCGCCGCCCACAUUCAGCCCCAGUGGCCCCUAGGGAGGGACACCCACCAUCCCCUCCCUCAUCAUCAUCAUCGUCCACCUCCUCAUCAUCCUCCUCCUCCUCCUCCCCGUGUCUCCC